UCCCGCCGCCGCUCUCCUCCCCCGCCCCGCGGCAGGAGGCGGGCGGAGCGGAGCGGAGCGGAGCGGAGGCAGCGCAGAGCCGAGCCGGAGCCGGGAGAGCGGCGGGACCUGCCCCGGGGGAUGCGCCGAGCCCCGCGCCCCGCACACCGCCAUGGGCUGCCCGCGGGCCGGGGGGGGCCGCCUGCUGCCCCCGCCAACGCCGCCGCCGCUCCUGCCGCUGCCGCUGCUGCUGCUGCUGCUGGGCGCCGCCGUGCUGCGGGUGUGCGGUCACGUGGAAACCCGAGCCCACGCUGAGGAAAGGCUCCUGAAGAAACUCUUCUCGGGCUAUAACAAGUGGUCCCGCCCUGUAGCCAACAUUUCGGACGUGGUGCUGGUCCGCUUUGGAUUGUCCAUCGCACAGCUCAUUGAUGUUGAUGAGAAGAAUCAAAUGAUGACCACGAACGUGUGGGUGAAACAGGAGUGGCACGACUACAAGCUGCGCUGGGAUCCCCUGGAAUAUGAAAACGUGACAUCAAUCCGGAUCCCCUCUGAGCUCAUCUGGAGGCCGGACAUCGUCCUGUACAACAAUGCGGAUGGAGACUUUGCCGUCACUCACCUGACCAAAGCCCACCUGUUUUACGAUGGCAGAAUCAAAUGGACACCUCCUGCCAUCUACAAAAGCUCCUGCAGCAUCGAUGUCACCUUCUUUCCCUUUGACCAGCAAAACUGCACCAUGAAGUUCGGCUCCUGGACCUAUGACAAAGCCAAGAUAGACUUAGUGAGCAUGCACAGUCACGUGGACCAACUGGACUACUGGGAGAGUGGGGAAUGGGUCAUCAUUAAUGCCGUGGGCAACUACAACAUCAAGAAAUACGAGUGUUGCACAGAGAUCUACCCUGAUAUAACCUACUCCUUUAUUAUCAGGAGGCUGCCUUUGUUCUACACCAUCAACCUGAUCAUCCCUUGCCUCCUCAUCUCCUGCUUGACUGUCUUGGUCUUCUACUUGCCUUCAGAGUGCGGUGAGAAGAUCACGCUUUGCAUCUCCGUGCUGCUGUCGUUGACUGUCUUUCUGCUGCUCAUCACUGAGAUCAUCCCCUCCACCUCCCUGGUCAUUCCCCUGAUCGGAGAGUAUCUGCUCUUCACCAUGAUAUUUGUCACCUUGUCCAUCAUCAUCACUGUCUUUGUACUGAACGUGCACCACCGCUCGCCACGCACCCACACCAUGCCAGACUGGGUGAGAAGGAUCUUCCUCGAUGUGGUCCCGCGCCUCCUCUUCAUGAAGCGGCCCUCAGCAGUGAAGGACAAUUGCAAGAAGCUCAUCGAGUCCAUGCACAAAAUAGCCAACGCUCCAAGAAUUUGGUCCGAGACUGAAGCAGAGCCCAACUUUGUGACCUCCUCUUCAAACAGCCCUCAGAGCAAUGAGCAAUCCCCCACAGCCUCCCUCUGUGCCCAUCUCGAGGAGCCAACCAAGCCCCCAUCGGUCUGCAAGUCACCUUCAGGCCAGUACUCUGUGCUGCACCAGGAGCCAGUGCAGGUGAGCUGCUCUUCCCCGCAGCCCCCCGGCCAUCCCCUGAGCGACACGCAAUCUCCCUCCAUCGCCAAAAGCAGGUCAUUAAGUGUUCAGCAGAUGUACAGCCCCAAUAAAGAUGAGGAAGGGAGCAUCCGGUGUAGAUCCAGGAGCAUCCAGUAUUGCUACCUGCAGGAGGAGUCAUCCCAGACCAACGGCCAGUCCAGCGGCUCUCCGGCCUCUCAGCGUUGCCGCCUGAAUGAAGACAGGUCCCCGCGCAAGCCCUCUCCUUGCAAGUGCAAGUGCAAAAAGAAGGAAGCCGCCGGCACGUCAGGGCAAGGCACCAAAGCUCACAGCACCAAAGAGCAGCCCCUUCUGCUGAUGUCCCCUGCCCUGAAGCUGGCGGUGGAGGGGGUCCACUAUAUCGCAGACCACUUGAGAGCAGAAGACGCAGAUUUCUCAGUGAAGGAGGACUGGAAGUACGUUGCCAUGGUCAUUGACAGAAUCUUCCUCUGGAUGUUCAUCAUCGUUUGCUUGCUGGGAACUGUCGGUCUCUUCCUUCCACCUUGGCUAGCAGGCAUGAUCUAAGAAUAGCUUUGGCAAGAACAAAGUUUGCCCCAUUCGGAGGGUUUUCGGCCACCUGGAAGGAGACGGAGCAGGAGACAGGUCUCCCCGAAUAAUUUACCGUGUGUCUGCGCAUGAAUCGUUCCUGAGAGCUCUGGGAACACCUUCUACGGUUCCAUCAUUUGCCAAGCCAUUCUCAUCUUCUGCAUCUUCUUUCUGGGGGAAACUGUUAUUAAUGUGUAUACAUAGCAUGGUGGCAUUCAUUGACGUAUAUCUAACAAAGGAAGGACAUGGGCACGGUUCCUGAAAGCAGUGCAAAUGGUGGCAUUGUAGACAGACCAGCCAAAUUAGUUCCACUUGACUCGAGAGAGGCGCCCAUGCAUCCUCAAAUAGCAAGGUCACCUCUAAACCUGAAGUCAUUCAGGAUGGUAUGUCCUUGUGACGGUCCUUUUAUAAAUAAAGGGUCAGAUUUGGGAUUCCUGCCCAGGAGAUGCUCUGACAGUCAAGGUGUAGACACAACUGGCCAGGUUGCAAGGCAUGCGGGGACUGGGCUGCACCCACCCAACCUUCCCAGAGCCCACGCUGGCGCUCACCCUGUGCGGCUCCCAACAGCUGUUGCAGAAACAGCUGCAUUAAAUGAUAAGGCCUUAGUCUUGACAUCUUUACUCAUACAAAACUUUGGAAGUGGGAGUUUUACCUGAGUAAGGACCACAUACAAAUUAAACACGGUCUUCAGGGUUGGUUCCCAGUGCAUGGCUAUCCAUCCAAAUUAGCUUUUGGGUUGUGUUCAUUUUCUUCAAGGGGCCAAGGGCUUUGGCUAUAUAGCAAAGAACGAUGAGACGCAGCCUGACUGCAAUGCAUGGCAUGAAAGGAGAGAUAGAGAGGCAGGUUUAGAAAUCUUGCAGUUAUACAUAAGGGCCCAAACUGUUAAAAGUGGGCACCAGAAUUAGAUGCCCCAGUUCCCUUUUUGGGACAUGCAGCUAGCCAUCCAAAGUAGGACCAGCAGGCAUCUAGGCAAACUUCUCAGAAGACAUUAGUAGCUCCGGAUGUCUUCAUUUCAGGUGCCCGAGCUGAGACCGAUUGUCCGAAAGCACCCACCUUCCGAAAAAUCAGCCCCCAUCAAAGCAGCUGCCUUUAGAGAGCAUUAGUCACUUCUGGAAACCUUGCCUGUGUAUAGCUGCAAGUGUCCACCCAGUUCUACUUAGGUGGCAAUUGCAUUUGCAAAUAGUCAGGUGAUUAUACAGUCUGUAUACUAAGAUUCCUUUCUACGUGCAAUUUGUUUUUAUAACCCCCAAGACUUGAGGAAACCUUGCUGGAUGUUUAGGGCUCACACCCAACGGGCCUGCAAAAAUUCAAAUGGAAGUUGAAAUUCCAGAAAAUACUUCUCCAGAAUGUGCUGGCAAGCUCUGCAACUCCAAUCCUCAGUGAAUUAUUGACCUUUAAACACAGUGCUUUUAGGUGAAGAGCAAUGAGAGAGGGGUGAGAAGAAGACAUAUUCUCUGGUGUCUAGCAUGUCUGUCAAUAUUUGAGAAAGCUUGGUUUUUAUUUUAUUUUUUUUGUCAAGUCUGUCGCAGUUACAGAUGCUUCUGAACCCAAUCAGUUUUGCAGAUGAUCAGGGAGCGAGGUUGGCCAGUGCUGUUAUCACCCUGUCAGAAGGAUCAGGCCCAUCUCCCCAAGGCAGUGUUAAUGAGACAUGAUGCUAACUUUCACUGGCCCAGGGUUUUGCCUAAUUAGCUUUGUGUUUUGGAUGGAAGGAAGGAGCAGCAAAGGGAGGAUAAUUUGGGACAGCAGAGAUGCUUCAUAAAGUGGACUCAUUACAGAUGCAUUACACGUGUUAAUGCAUUAUGUUUCCGCUGCGAAGAUCUAGGUCCUAUGCUUGACUCGCAUCCCACUGGAAAAGGCAUCGGUGGCCUAAUUCUCAUCCUCUUACAUCCACAUGAUCAGCACACCAGCAUUGGCAGCCCUGCCUCAUGAAGGGUUAGAUUACUAGCCGGGGAUGUUCAGUCUUGCUACUCAAGGGCAGGGUUUCAUGUCUCACCACCCCUGCCUGAACUACGCCAGCCCAAGCCCAUUGUAUCCCUCCCUUGCUUGCGUGAGCACGCAGUCCACACCAAUGCUUUCUGUACAGAAGUGGGGAGGUGGACGGGAGGCAGGGAAGCGGUUGGUGCCGGUGAUCUCUGUGCAGCGUUCCCGAGGACUCUGAGCCAAUCUUUCUGGAUAAAAAGAAAUACAGCGAUGAAACUUCCUGAAACGGCGUGAAAUAAAGUCUUUCCAAUCCCUUG